CCACAAGGGUCCGCAAACAUCAGGGUCAGGAGCAUCAAUCUCAUAUGGGGAGACAGCGACUCAGCAGCCACAAUACCACGUUGUCCGGAAACCCCUCCUUCCCCCCCCAAAAAAAAAAUUUAAACUCAGUCCUGUACGAAAUACUACCCUUGUCGUACAUCAAAGUUCAAACCAUGUCUCCAGUAGUAGCAGCCCUCUCGCCCAGCUCCUACGACAAGCUCUUCAUCAACGGGGCCUACGUAGCCUCGCGCUCCGUCCAAACGCUUCAGCUGCGCAACCCCAAGGAUAACUCCCUGGUCGCAGACAAGGUGCCCAUCGCCAACCAGGAGGAUGUCGACCUGGCUGUGUCCCAUGCUGAGGCCGCGUUCGCAGGGCCUUGGAGUCGGUUCUCGGCGGCCCAGCGGUCGGCGUGCCUGACGAGGCUGGCGGAUCUGAUGGAGAUGCAUCUGGAGUCCAUUUUGACGCUCGAUUCGCUGACGACAGGGAAUCCGGUGUCGUUGAUCCCGACAAGAGAGAAGGGGUAUAUUCGGGCUUGUCUUUUGUAUUACGCGGGAUGGACGGAUAAGCAGCGGGGGGACUACUUCCCUGAUGACGACGGAUUUGUGAAGCUGGUGCGGCAUGAACCGUUAGGUGUUUGUGUGGCUAUCAAUCCGUACAAUUCUCCGGUAGCAUCAUUCAUGCUCAAGGCCGCGCCAUGUCUUGCAACCGGAAAUGUCCUCAUUGUAAAACCGUCCGAGAAGUCUCCGCUUGGCUCACUGGCCGUGUCCGCACUAUUUGAGGAAGCCGGAUUUCCAAAGGGAGUUGUCCAAGUCCUCAGUGGUGAUGGUUCCACUGGAGCUUUGCUUGCGAGGCAUAUGCGGGUGCGGAAGAUCAGCUUCACCGGGAGUGUUGCGACAGGCAAGAAGAUUCAGGAAAUGGCGGCUCAGAGCAAUUUAAAACGAGUCACUCUUGAACUCGGAGGAAAGAGCCCCGCCGUCAUUUUUGACGACGCCAAUCUCGAGAAUGCUCUGACAUGGACCAUCAACGGCAUCCUCGCCCGCUCCGGCCAAGUCUGCGUCGCCGCCUCCCGCUUGUACGUCCAAGAAGGCAUCGCCCCCUCCUUCAUAGAGGCCUAUAAAUCCCGCAUGGCCGCCGCCGCCUCUCGGCUCGGCGACCCGCAGGAUCCCUCAACGACUCUGGGUCCACUCGCCGACUCCCUAUCCUUCGACAGGGUGCGGCAGAUGGUGUCCCGCGGCGCCGAGGAGGCCGAGCUGGUGGUCGGUGGCCGCCAGCAUGGCGACAAGGGCUGCUUCAUGGAGCCGACGGUGUUUGUGAACCCACGGCCUGACGCCCAAAUACUGAGGGAGGAGGUCUUUGGGCCGGUUGCGGUCAUCGUCACGUUCAAAACGGAGGACGAGGUGAUAGGAUUGGCCAAUGAUACUGAGUUCGGGUUGAUGGCCGGGGUGUUUACGAGGGAUGUGGGUAGGGCCAUGAGACUGUCGGCCAAGAUUGAGGCGGGGGUUGUAGGGGUGAAUUGCAUCAGCGUGAUGAACAUGCAAGUUCCAUUCGGCGGAAAGAAGGCCUCGGGGGUUGGGAGAGAGUUUGGGGAAUACGCGUUACGUGCGUUCACCGAGCCAAAGACGAUAUUGAUCAACAUGAAUGGCUAGGCUUGAACACCGUCGGGGGGAAUAUCGUCCAUGCGAUGGCGGUUGGGGGUGUAAAAUGUAACAAGGAUAGAAAUUAGAUAUGCUAGACUUAAACUGGA